AUGCCCGCUCCCGCGUCAAACAAGCGCAACAAGCGCAUAAGUAGAAAUCUCAUAAUCGGCUCAGAAGCCUGGCAAUUACCCCCGGUGGGACACCCUGAUCGUCCCAAGAAUGUCCCCGACGAUCACACGAAGCGCUGGACGGUAUAUGUACGAGUUCCCGAUGGCGACCCCGAUAUACGAGCGUGGCUCAACAAGGUCUCGUUCAAGAUCUUCAACACGUACGAAAACCCCCUGCGCAUGGUCGAAAAACCGCCGUUCGAGGUGACCGAGACAGGAUGGGGAGGCUUCAACAUUGACAUACGAUUGCAUUUCCAGCCCAUAUCAGGAGAGAAGGCACAAUACAGACAGCACUUUUUGCAACUGGAGAAAUACGGUGAUGAGAAGAUGCAAGCAGAGCAGGAACGGACGGGUUGCGUGCGUUCAGAGUUCCUUGAAGUUGUGCAGUUCAACGAGCCUACCGAAGCGCUCUUUGAUGCCCUCACCUCGGACGAUCAGUGGAACUACCUCAUACCACCUGGCAAGGGCGGCUCUAAGAAAGCAUCCCUUGGCGCUAAUGGAAGACUAAAGCGCGGGCUACCGAACGGAGAGAGGAGUGCACAACUGCCAGAAAAGGGCGCGGACGACGUGCCUUUUAGCCAGGAACAAGAACAGGCCCUGCUAAAUGACCUCAAAGCAAAGAUAGCAGAGGUGGAAAAGCAACUGGAAAAAGAAGCAAAGAAGAAGGAAGAAGUCGAGGCUAAGCUUGGGGGAUUACGGAACGAGUUGGGACACGAGGCUGCUCAGCAAGCAGCGCAACAAGCCAGCGGAGACCGCAGCCGACGGAGAUGA